AUACAUAUACCAUUGAUAUUAAUUAUAUAUUCUAUAAUAAUAUUAUAUUACGAUUUAAAAAAAAAGCAAAAUGAGACAACAAAUAACUGAUAUAAAAAUUAAUUCUCACACAUCUGGAGAAGCUGAUGAAUGUCUUUUCGAAUAUCUACAUUCCGAAAUGGUUAAUUAUGCUUUAAAUAAAUCAUGUAAAAAUAAGGAAGGAGAAGAAGAACUAUCUCGAUUAGAAUGGAUGGGAUUCAGUGUUGGUUACAGAAUCAUUGAACGAUUGACACGAGAAUGGAAUCGAUUUAAAGAUGAAUUGGAUAUGAUAAAGUUUAUCUGUACUGAUUUUUGGUCAAGUCUUUAUCAUAAACAAAUUGAUAAUUUAAGGACAAAUCAUCAUGGUGUAUAUGUAUUACAAGAUAAUUCAUUUCGAUUAUUAAAUAAAGUAGGUGCUAAUAGUAAUAAGCAAUAUUUACAAGAAAGUCCACGUUUAUUAGCAUUUACUUGUGGACUUUUAAGAGGAAGUUUAGCAAAUCUUGGAAUUAUUAGUACUGUUAAUGCAGAGAUUUCUACAUUACCAAGUUGUAAAUUUCAUGUACAAGUUCAAAGAAUUUAAUAUUAAUAAAUGAUACAAAAUAUGUACAAUAAAAAUUAAAGCAUGUUAUAAAAUGAUAUAAA